UGUUCUCGGUCUUGAAUUUUUUCUUGUUUCGGAGCUUAUCGCUGGGGUUAGCGGAAACCGAGAUGCGUGCAGGUGUCAAGUCAAACGAACUGGUAAAGUGCGAGCUAACUAGCUAGCUAGGCUGAAGCUAGCGAGGCUAACGGUUGGGUUUCCGCGGUUUGCAAAGAAGGCUGCGGAGCUCCGGGAUCUUACUGCCUUUGGUUGGCCGGAGUAGACGGUGGAAAAGGUUGCUGCUGUUUGCAGGAACGUGUGGAGCAGAAGAGCUGUGCCAUUCCCCCUUUUGCCCUCUCAUGCCCCCCUUUCCCCCGUGUGUCUCCCUGUGUGUUAGUGCCCCCACACCCCCACCCACCCCCAACCUGAUCCGUUGCCGCUCCAGCCCAAAGUCACCCUCUCACCCCAUGCUUGGGACAAAGGUUGCUCACUGCCAGCCCAAUGACUGCCUGGAUUGUACUACCUGUCAGCUUGUCUGCCUUCUCCAUCACAGGAAUAUGGAUAGUGUAUGCCAUGGCUGUGAUGAAUCACCAUGUGUGUCCUGUGGAGAACUGGUUUUACAAUGUAACAUGCAUAGAGGAGCUGCCCCGGCCAGGCUUCCCGAAGUCAUGCUGCACCAUCCAGGACAUCCCCCUCAUCAGUAAAUGUGGCUCCUACCCUCCUGAAAGCUGUCUGUUCAGCCUGAUAGGCAAUGUUGGAGCCUUCAUGGUUGUGAUGGUGUGCUUUUUGCGCUACGCCCAAGUGAUCGAACACAGCCACAGAUGCUGGGUCAACACCAGCGCUCUGGUGUCUGGCUGCACCAAUGCCAUUGGUCUUGUCAUGGUGGGCAACUUUCAGGUUGAUCACGCCAAAUCUCUUCACUAUGUGGGAGCGGGUGUGGCCUUUCCAGCAGGGCUGCUGUUUGUGUGCCUGCAGUGUGUGCUGACCUACCGUCUGGCUGUGACGGCCCUCGACUACUGGAUGGCUCAUUUCCGAGUGGCUCUGGCACUGGGAGCCAUGAUCUCCCUCGUCUUCAGCGGCAUCUUCUUCAUUCACGAGAGCUUCACCCUGCAGCACGCCGCAGCCAUCUGCGAGUGGGUCUUCACGGUGGACAUCCUGGUUUUCUACGGCACCUUCACCUAUGAGUUUGGCACCGUCACCAGUGAGACCAUGAUGGCAGGCUUGCAGCAGAGCCACCACGGCUCAGGCGUGAUCAUGGGUUCCAGGGGCCAGGGCUCAACAUUAGGAGGGGCAACCAAAGGCCUCAAGUCCCCUGGGGGAAGCAGCACAUCGACACAUCUCAACUGUACCCCAGAGAGCACAGCCAUGUUGUAGCUGUGCAGCCCAGCCGAAAGGUCUGAAACAUCACCGCAGAGGUGCUUCACGGGCUCCCACAGGAAGCCAAGCUGACAGAAGCAGCACAUGGAGGAAGAGGAGGCGUUUGGAUAUCCUCAACCUGUUUUUUGUUUUUAAAUCUCCACUGUUGGCAUGACCUGCUACAGUUGUUUCCUGUAGUGUUGUUGAAAGUUUGGAGCCAUGAAUGUUCCUCGGUGGCUUUUGAUCUGGGCACUUCUGCAUUAGGUAGGGUGUUGCCUGACCGGGAGAGUAGUUUGUUUUUUGUUUUUUUUACUCUGCAUAGCUGGUCCCUUGAUGGUUUUCUCCUUCUCCCCAGACUCCUACCCAAAACUUUUGUGUGGCUGACCUGCUUCGGCGUUUUGCUUCUCUCUGCACGGCACACUUUUCUUUCUAUCUUUUUCUUUUAACAGAAGAGCAUUUCAUGUUUGAUUUCCGAGUUUGUGUAGUAGGUAGGAACCACUGAAUGUCUGAGAAAUGAAUAGUUCCGUUAUGUUUUACAGUUUGAGAGCACACAGGCUUUUUUUAAUCAAUCAAGCAUAAAUUAAUUAUUGCACCUGCCUUUGGUUUGGUUGCACAGAUAAUUUGAAUUCAGAUGGUCAAGGUACUUUUUAAAUAAUUUUUUUAAAAACGUGUAAAUGUGUAUCUUGGGCCUGCGUCCCUCGUGUGCGAGCAGCAUGGAAAUGAAUCAAUGAUAAUUGUCAUCUCCUUUAUGUCGUUCCAUUAAUUUGUAGUCAGUUUCUUUGGAAUGCUAACAUUUCAUGUUACCCUUUAUUUCACCGAUGUCCACGCAAUAACUGCCAUCAGUCAUGUGAUAAUGAGUUUAAUGCAAACCUUCUCUUUGGUUCUGACUGACAUUUAAAGCCCAUGUUAUGAUAAAACAAGUUCGCAUGUGAGUUAAAACAAGAAUCUACUUUGGCAUUUGAGAAUAACGCAGUUCUUGUUUGCACAUUGAUGUGAUUCCAAGCUGGACCCUUGGAAGCCUUAUUUGAGUUCAUCGACCAACGUUUUGUUUCAGUAUGAAGGGAUGUGAAGCCCAAGGUAGUGUGAUUUAUUCACAGGAGAGGUACAUAUGAUACAGGCUGUAGACUGAUGUCAAAGUGCUUUAUGUAAUGCGUUUUUGUUUGGUUUUUAAUUGUGUUGUUGCCAAUUUCUCUUAAGUUGUUAUCUUUGUAGUAGCUCAACACCAGACUGCCACACAUCACCACUGGUCAAACAGCAGCUGGCUAAUGCUGCCUGUUACAUUUCUUUGUUGGAGUGAAUGAGGUGUGUUUCACAGAUGCACAGUAUUCUGCCCUCUGUAUAGUGUUGAGUCAUUUUAAACUGUCUGAAACACUGGAUGCCAGCAAUACUUUUUUUUUUUUUCUUCUUUUUUUAAAAGGUCACCUACCUCUAUCGUUUGUCAGUUGGAUGUUACCAGAAGGUGAAAGCUUCUAGUACAGAAUACAGUUGUGAAACCUUUUCCAUCUCGCAGCGUUUGAGGUAUUUAAUGUUAUGGCGAGUCGGCAGUCUGCGGCUCUGUCUGCAAGUAUCUGUCCUAAGAAGUGUCAGCAUCCUGUGUAACAGCACAGUGGAUGCACUGUUACACAGGAUGCGCAAUCAUGUGUCUGUUUUGUCAAUCCUGUUUGUCCUGCAAAACUUGCCAAAAAGACUAAAAUCUACUCCAGGUUGAGUUAAAAAUUUUUUUGUGUCUUUUCUGUUUUACCAUUACAUCUUUUAUUGUACUUUUUUUUUUUUUCUUUUCUUUUUUUUCCCCCUUCUUCUCAUGUGUUCACCUGUAACCUGUUUUGCUAUACUGUAACUGAGUCACGCAGUUUGACUCCCAAUGGCAGCUUGUUUGAGUCCUCACAUUGGGGCUGGGAUUAUUCUGUUACAGCAUCUAUACCAUAAUGCCAUCUUCCACACGCCAAAUAUUAAAUUAAAGUGGAUUUCAUUAUUAUUUUUUUCUUUCUAUCCAAAUGUACACUUCAAUAUGCAGUCAGAUCAUUAGGUUGUUUGUGUAAGAACACUGUAUUACAAAAAGCCGCCUGAACUGUACGUCUUGAACUUUAACAACACAGAAAAACUUUACUGAUCCUAUUUUUCUUUUGAAUUUGAAGAGUAUGUAAAGGAAUGGUAAUCACGAGUCUGACAAAUCCCUGAAAUCAAGUCAACACAAAUUGUGUUUUUUAUAAAUUCUGUAAAUAUGUAUGAUUUUUGUCUAUCAUUUAGGUAUUUUCAUUUGACAGAGAUUUAUAUUCAAAUAUGAAAUAAAAAUGAUAAAUUAUUA